GAAAAGGUUUACUUCCUACUGUUUUCAGCGACAUUUAUCUUUUGGCCAUGAAAAUUUUGGCGGUGGUGAAACUUCUGCUGCUAAAUUGAUUUCUUAAAUUCGUUCUUUUUACUUAGAGAUAUUGAAUUUUAGCAAUAAUGAAGAUGUUAUUACCUGAUGGCGAAUGUGCAAUCCUGUCCCUGAAGAGGAAAAUCAUAUACAAAAAUUAGCACUGAAAAUUCUAUCUAUCACGCCUCAUAACGCAGGAUGCGAAAGAGUCUUCUCUAUAUUGGAAUGGUUUACCAAUAAAAGACGAACUAAAUUAAAAGUUGAAAAAUUGGAAGCUAUAGCUAAGCUUUAUACAUAAAAUAUGCUUGUACGGGAUUAUCAGAAGAUUCUUUUCAGUCACCUGUACAAAAGCUUUAUCUAAUGCUAAAGUAAAGGGUGAUUAGUGAUGAUGAUUUUUCCGAUAGUGAUGACGACGAUAAUGAGAAUAAUGAUAAUAGUAAUUCCUUAGAUACUAGAAGUAUAGAAAUUGAAAGAUGGGUCAACAUAGAUGAUUCCGAAUUGAAUAGAUUACUUAAUGUAAAUGUAAGUGUCGUUAUUGAACCUCAUCCCAUUACUAUUAAUCAUGGUUCAAAUACGUUUGAUAUUGAAACCACUCUUGAUAGUGUAUUGGGUACUACCUAAGAGAUAAAAUUUAGAACAAUAAAUAAUAAAGAAUCAUACUUAUUCACUUUUUCAAAAAAAUGUAAC